AUGGAAGAUAAAGAUUUUUUUAUUGAUAAAGAUUACCAUAGCUCUGAAGAAUCAAAUGAGCUUGAGCUUGUUAUAGAAAAAAAUAAAGAUAAUAUGGACACAGAAGCAAAUUUAUUUGAGUUUGAUUUUUCCAAACUUGAUGAAAAGCCAUGGAACAAACCGGGAGAAGACAUUACUGAUUAUUUUAAUUAUGGAUUUAAUGAGACCACAUGGAAAGAGUAUUGUAACAUGCAAAAAGGUAAAUAUCAUAAAAGAUAA